GCGGCGGAGAUGGGGAUUACAUGGAUUGGUUGAAGAUGAAAGACGAAGGGUCGGUGGUUUACGUGUCGUUUGGAAGCAUUUCGAGAUUGUUGAAGCAACAGAAAGAGGAGAUCGCGAGAGGGCUGUUGAGCUCCGGGCGGCCAUUUCUAUGGGUCAUGCGAGAUGAUGAUGUGGAAGAAGAUAAGUUGAGCUGCAGUGAGGAAUUGGAAGGCCAAGGCAAGAUAGUUAAAUGGUGUUCGCAACUGGAUGUUCUAUCCAACCCUGCGACGGGAUGUUUUCUAACGCACUGCGGUUGGAAUUCUUGCUUGGAAAGUCUUGCCUGCGGGGUUCCGAUGGUGGCGUUUCCGCAGUGGAGUGAUCAAGGAACCAACGCAAAGAUCGUUGAGGAGUUGAUGGCAAGCGGAGUGAGAAUGGAUGUGGCAAUGGACGCCAUGGUUAAGGAAGAGGAGGUGAGGAGGUGCUUGGAUUUGGUGAUGGGAAAUUCAGAGAAAGGGGAAGAAAUAAGGAGGAACGCAAACAAAUGGAAGGAGUUGGCCAGGAAAGCCACGAUCGAGGGUGGCUCUUCAUAUCACAACUUGAAGGCUUUUGUGGAUCAAUUGUGUCCUUAAAAAUCCAAGAUGUGAGACCAUUUGAUUCGAGAUUUUAAAAAGUAGUUUGGGAUUAAGAUGUCUAAGAAUAAAAGAUAAUUGAUUUUAUAUAUGACUGGGAUUAAGAUGUCUAGAUAUUUGAAAAUAAAUUAUAUACGUGUUUAUUUUGUAUGAUUA